UUCAAUGACCCUUAGUUGGAUCUUCACUGUAUGGUAGUAAGAUCAGAGUAUGGUGAUGCUAUUAAACAUUGCAUGAUGUCUCUUACGUGUAUGUCUCAAAGAGGGUCUAUAGACUAUUUUAAUAAAAAGAGAAAUGUGAGAGAGAGAGAGAGAGAGAGAGAGAGAGAGAGAGAGAGAGAUUUAUAAAUUAAGGAGCUAUGAAGAGCAAGGCAAAAGAAAUAUUAUAGUUUGAAGAGAUGGAGUUGAAGCAGCAGCACUCUCAGCUAGCUCUUGUGUCAAUGGUUUUGUUGAUGAUAUGGUUGGUGAUUUCGCCUGUGGUGGCUUGUCCAACAUACGGCAGAGAUUGCAAAAGCUGCAUUAGAAACGAGUUGAAGUUCAGUUGCCCACCAUGUGCUCCUAUUCUGCGCUGCAUGGCACGAUGCUUGUGGGGUGGUAACUCAAGGUCCGAUUGUGUAAAGAGGUGUGAUUGCAACACUGGGUACCUAACUCUGUCUGAUUGCAAGAGUUGCAUGUUAAAGUGCAAGUGCAGCUGUAUGGGUUAG